AAAUACUUAAAGCAUUGAUAUUUUUCAAUGUUUUCGAUUUUAAUUAUCUCUAUUUCAUAACAAUUGCAGCAGACAUUCACUCCCGGUGAUUCGUCUAAUCAGCUUCCACAUUUUUUUUUUUAAGACCCGAUUGGUAACAAAUUUCAGAACGCACCCAUUCGUCGUAACAAAUUCGUCCCCCACCACCACUAGCUAUAACCGUAUUGCUUCCUCACCAUCAAGAGAGUCAAGAGCGAACGUCUAAGUUAUAAUCUCCCGUUCGAGGAUGACCGCGAUGCUGUCCAACUGUUCGCGGUUUGUGCCUCGUGUAAUAACAAGAAUUAGUAUAUCACGAACGAAGGGGAAAUAAAGGAAGUUGUAGUGCCAGCAUUUGCAGAAAGCGUAAGCGAAGGAGAUGUCAGAUGGGAGAAGAAAGUUGGUGACCAGGUUAAGGAAGAUGAUGUCUUGUGUGAAAUUGAAACAGAUAAGACUUCAGUUCCUGUACCAGCACCAGGUCCUGGUGUAAUAAAAGAGAUAUUUGUCAAAGAUGGUGAAACAGUAAAACCAGGACAGAAACUAUGUACCAUUGACAUUGGUGCAGUUGGAGCACAACCAGCUGAAAAACCAGUUGAGAAGGCUCCAAGUCCUCCUGCACCUAGUGCAGCACCACCACCACCGCCACCGCCACCGCCACCGCCAUCAGCACCAUCUCCACCACCACCACCACCACCACCUUCUAGAACUAUACCUCCACCAGCAGCUCAACCUCCACCUCCGCAAGCACCUGCAGCAUCUAUGCCUGUUGCAGCGAUUAAACAUGCUCAAUCGUUGGAAGGUGCAAAGGUGCAACUGCCUCCUGCUGACUACACACGUGAAAUCAUUGGUACUAGAACAGAACAACGAGUGAAAAUGAACAGAAUGCGAAUACGUAUAGCAGAACGAUUAAAAGACGCUCAAAAUACGAACGCUAUGUUAACUACGUUUAAUGAAAUUGACAUGAGUCGCAUCAUGGAAUUCCGCAAAAUGCAUCAGGAAAAUUUUACAAAGAAGUACGGUUUGAAGCUAGGAUUUAUGAGUCCAUUUAUUGCAGCAAGUGCUUAUGCUCUGAAAGACCAACCAGUAGUAAAUGCUGUAAUAGAUGGCACUGACAUAGUUUACAGAGACUAUGUUGAUAUUAGUGUAGCAGUUGCAACACCAAAGGGGCUUGUGGUGCCAGUUCUUCGUAGCGUAGAAAACAAGAAUUACGCCGAAAUUGAAAUCGCUUUGGCAGCUAUAAGUGACAAAGCGAGGAAAGGCAAGAUAUCCGUGGAAGAUAUGGAUGGUGGUACAUUUACGAUAAGUAACGGUGGUGUGUUUGGCUCUCUGAUGGGAACGCCUAUUAUCAAUCCACCACAAAGUGCAAUUCUCGGGAUGCAUGCAGUAUUCGACAGGCCUGUUGCAGUGAAGGGCGAGAUUAAAAUUCGUCCAAUGAUGUAUGUCGCCUUAACGUACGAUCAUCGAUUGAUCGACGGACGCGAGGCUGUGCUGUUCUUGAGAAAGAUCAAAGACGCCGUGGAAGAUCCGAGAAUUAUUUUAGCUGGCAUUUAAGCCUCGUAAAUAUUUUUAUCGAGUCGCUUCAAACACGCCUUACAUCAUGUUCAGAGCAUUUUGUACAUGUUGUAUUAUAUUCUGUUCGUCGAGGCUUUUUGCCUCGAAAACAUAUUCUCAAACACUUACUAACCAUUGUGAUAAAAACGAAAGUAAGAAAAGAAAAAAAAAUAUUGCACGAAUAAGAGACAUCUCUACCUGGAAGGCUCUAUGUUACUAACCAAGUAUUAUUUCGAUUCGUUCGCGUCUUAAUGUAAAACAGCAUAAAUCGAUUCUUCUACAAUGUACGACAUACAACGAUUUUUGCGUCGUAACGUUUUUAAACAUCAAGUAGAACUUCAUCUGAAAAGAAAAUUCUUGUUUUUCUUUUUUUUUUUUAGUAUUUUUUUGCGAUUCAAACAUAAGAUGCAUUCUGUAAUAAUUGAAAGAAAUUGAAGCAACUUAAGUGUUACACAUAAUGUAGAACCUGUUGCUUCAAAGGAUGUACAUGCAAGUCUUAUCCUUUAUAAUUGGCUCUAAUAGAAUUUGAUUAUAUUUCUUUUAAACGUUUUAUAUCAUUAUUCAACGCCCUUUUUUUGUAAAAAUUAUACACACGACUGUUCUGCUUUUAAGACGGUCGUUUAGAGGAAUCAUUUUAUUGUUUUUAACUCUUCUUACUCUUCUAAUUUUAACGGCUUUGAACGAGAUGUUACGAAGAGAAGCGAUAACUGAAAAGCUAGAGAAAGAUACUUUAUUGCAAAGAUAAGUGUAUCGAAGUAUUAAAAUAAAAUUUCACGAAUCUAUAUGUUGUCGAUAUUGUUAAAUUAUAUUAUCACAAAGACUUAUACAUACGCUCGUGUGGUGUUCUUUGAGAAAAAAACACAUCGUCGUUUUCACAUCGUCUGGAUACGUAAAACUGACCGAAAGAAAUUCUUCAUUUUUUUACAUAGAGCCACGACUUUGCAAUUUCAUGGUGAUUAGUGUCGAAUACACGAAUCGUGCAAACUGUUCGUAAAAAAAACAUAUUUCAGUUUAUUAUUUAAUGUUAUUGUUGUGUUGUGUUGCUGCUGAAAAAUUUUACUGCGCAUAAUUGGAAUAAUUUUAACAAUAAAAAUACCUCUCGUUAUCAAUUUUCACCUUGUAUGUCUUCUUAGAUACGCCAGCGAUUUUUGCAUCGGUACUUUCGAAAUAUAUCGAAUUAUUUCGAUAUAUGUACUACGAGAAAAGAUAUCGAAAUUGUAAUCGAUUCAGCUGGUGUAACGGGGAUGACUUCGCCGUUUCGAUUCGUGAUCAAACAGUGAAUGUAAAAUGGGACAGAAUCAAUCUGGUGCUGGUGGUACAGGAGGUGACAAGAAAGAUGAUAAAGACAAGAAAAAGAAAUACGAACCAUCUAUCCCGACAAGAGUGGGCAAAAAGAAACGGCGUACAAAGGGGCCUGAUGCUGCUUUAAAAUUACCGCAGGUUACACCUCACACACGUUGUAGACUGAAGCUUCUGAAGUUGGAACGUAUAAAAGAUUACUUGUUAAUGGAGGAAGAAUUCAUUAGAAAUCAAGAGAGACUGAAACCACAGGAAGAAAAGAAUGAGGAAGAAAGAUCGAAGGUUGAUGAUCUGCGAGGGACUCCAAUGUCUGUAGGGACAUUGGAAGAAAUAAUCGAUGAUAAUCACGCUAUAGUUUCUACAUCAGUUGGCUCUGAGCAUUAUGUAUCAAUUUUGUCAUUUGUGGACAAAGAUCAAUUGGAACCAGGAUGUUCCGUUUUAUUAAAUCAUAAAGUUCAUGCUGUUGUUGGAGUUUUAGGCGAUGAUACAGAUCCUAUGGUCACAGUGAUGAAACUAGAGAAAGCGCCGCAAGAAACUUAUGCAGACAUUGGUGGACUUGAUACACAAAUCCAGGAAAUCAAAGAGUCUGUAGAAUUACCUCUAACACAUCCAGAAUAUUAUGAAGAGAUGGGUAUUAAACCUCCGAAAGGAGUCAUACUUUAUGGUCCUCCAGGAACUGGGAAGACGUUGUUGGCGAAAGCUGUUGCUAAUCAAACUUCUGCAACCUUUCUGAGAGUUGUUGGCUCUGAGCUUAUACAGAAAUAUUUAGGGGAUGGUCCUAAACUUGUUAGGGAGUUGUUUAGAGUCGCGGAAGAACAUGCUCCUUCUAUUGUAUUUAUAGAUGAAAUAGAUGCUGUUGGUACAAAACGGUACGACAGCAACAGUGGUGGGGAGCGUGAAAUUCAAAGAACUAUGUUGGAACUCCUCAACCAACUUGAUGGUUUCGAUAGUCGCGGAGAUGUUAAAGUUGUAAUGGCUACAAAUAGAAUUGAAACAUUAGAUCCAGCACUGAUCAGACCAGGCCGUAUCGAUAGGAAAAUAGAGUUUCCGUUGCCUGAUGAAAAAACGAAAAGAAGAAUAUUCAGUAUUCACACUAGCAGGAUGACUUUAGCACCUGAUGUAAAUUUAGCAGAAUUAAUUAUGGCUAAAGAUGAUCUUUCAGGUGCAGAUAUAAAGGCUAUAUGUACUGAAGCUGGUCUAAUGGCAUUACGCGAACGUCGUAUGAAAGUUACUAGCGAUGAUUUCAAGAAAUCUAAAGAAAGCGUUUUAUAUCGAAAGAAGGAGGGAUCUCCCGAAGGAUUAUAUUUAUAAGGAUAUUGUACUUGACAUUCUUUGUUUACAAUUAAAGCAUAAAAACAUACAUGCUAAUAAAAAUAUACAAAAAAUUUGUCUUGAUUUGUAAAUUAAUUAUCUAAAUCUGGAACAUCUUGCAUUUUUAAUAUAUCUGGCUCGCUGAUAUUUAACUGCUUUACAUAUGGUUGAAAAUACUUGUACAGCGUUUGAAGAACUUGCAUGGAGUAUGAUCUUUGUUCAUCAAGGAUUUCGUCGAAAUUCUUGUUUGUAUUGUAUAUAUCCUGAAAUUCUGCUGCACAUAUAUUACACGCGCCUCUUCUCGUUUUAUCAAGAAUUUCUUUUAUAUUUUGCGGGUAUUCGGCAUCUCUUGGUAUAGAAUUGAACAAACUUUUAAACUUUCCUAGAAUAAAAGCUGUUUGAAAACCUUCCUUGUAUCCAUUAUCAAAACUUUCUUGAAAAACAAAAUUUGACCCGUCAUCCACUCCUUUCCUAUAACCACCCCUUUUUAGCAGCAUCAAUAAUUCGAUCCCAGUUUUUAGCGGCAAUAUUCAAAGAAUCUUCAAUAUCCGAUUCAGUUGAGGAAUUUUCCAUAUUCUAUAAGUAACGAUACAGUUGAUGUAAUUUUAUUACUACGAACAAAUCACUGAAAGUGUGGAAACAUAACCUAGCAAAUACUGAAAAUAAUCAAACGAAACGUAUUUUUAAUUUUAUGAGAGUACAAUGGAAACAGAAGCUGGCACUUCGAAGGAACAGGAUACAACUAACACGGACAUGAAUUCCUACGAAAUAAUUGAACAAAAAAUACUUACAUUAGCGCAAGCAAGACCCAAGGGAAUAUCCGACAAAGACUUAAUCACCGAAAUGCCAGAUUUGCAACCUGCUCAAAGAGCUCAAAUUAUAAAUAAACUUUUAUCUCAAGGUCAUUUUGAUUUAUUCAAGCAGGGCAGCUCUUUGUUGUAUCGUUUGAGAGACCCUUCCAAGGCAAAGAUAGCUAAGGGUGCAGACAACGAGGAAAAGAUCGUGUAUUCCAUUAUUGAAGAAGCAGGGAACAAGGGAAUUUGGAUUCGUGACAUAAGAUUUAAGUCCAAUUUAAUGCCCACCCAGUUGAGCAAAAUUCUGAAAAGCCUGGAGAUCAAGAAAUUUAUCAAAGCUGUUAAAUCUGUUGCGGCCAGUAAGAAAAAGGUGUAUAUGCUGUAUAAUUUGGAGCCAGACACAUCCGUCACUGGUGGUGCUUGGUAUCAAGAUCAAGAUUUUGAGGCAGAAUUUGUUGACGUUCUCAACCAGCAAUGUUAUAGAUUCUUGGAGAAAAAACGGGAACAAAUGAAUUCUUGUAGGGGUGGGCCAAUCAUGGCCAGAAACGUUACAUUUGCCUCAUCUAAAGAAGUAUGGAAAUUUAUCUCUGAUCUAGGAAUAAGUAAGGUGAAGCUAUCCGUUGAAGAUUUAGAGAUGAUAUUAAACACCUUAGUUUACGAUGGAAAAGUAGAACGUACUCUUUCAGGUGAUGGAAGCAUUUUAUACAGAGCAAUAGAACCUUUGCUAGAUUCACCUGGAUUAAUUAAAUCUACUUGUGGUGUCUGUCCUGUAAGAAAACAUUGCUAUGAUAUUGGUGAUGUUACACCUACAAAGUGCCAAUACAUUACAGAGUGGUUGGAAUAAUGUUUGCAAUAAAAACAUGAAUUAAUCAUUUAUUUGUGUACACUUUACACAUACAGUUACGUAAAGAAAAAAACAAAACAAUUAUAUAAGGUACAUCUAAAAUUAUAUACAAUUUUGUAAUAUUGUAGUAUCAUAAUAUUAAAAUUGACCAUUACUAUGUAAUAUUAAUAUUAGACAGAAGCAUUUCAUAUUAUUUUAUAUUUCAUAACAACGACUGCAAUAAAAUAUAUUGUCAUUUUAAACAUAUA